UACCCUACCCUACCCCUUCCUGGAAAUAAAAAUUAAAAAAUAGAAACAAGGCUUCCACGGAAAAUGUCUCUUCUAACAUCUCUCCCUUUCAUCUUCUUUUUGCUCUUUCUUCUAAAACCAACGGCUGCUCAACCUUGUCCCACUUCAUGCCCUGGCGGUGGACCACAAAUUAACUUUCCUUUCGGGCUCAACCCUCAAGGCAGCCGCAAUGGUCGCUGCAGCUAUCCCGGUUUCGGUCUUUCUUGCAGCAACAAAACACAACAACUAGUCCUUAAUCUCCCCGGAUCCGGAGAAUUCAUAGUCCGGUACAUCGACUACGAGGCCCAACAGAUAUGGAUCAACGACCCUAAUUUCUGUCUCCCUCAACGGUUCUUGCACUCCUUCAAUAUAUCAGGAACUCCUUUCGACUCUGAGUUUUGGUAUACCUUCACCUUCUUCAAUUGCUCUGCUAUCGAAGCUGCCGAAGGUGGGUUAAGGCCAAUCCCAUGUCUUAGCAAUCAGAAUUAUUCUAUUGUGGCUUCUCAGGCGCCGGCAGACAUUUUCGUGGAUUCUACCGAUGUUUUGCAGUCAGCAUGUCAUCCUAUAACAACUUUUACGGUUCCAUUUGUUUGGUAUGGGUGGUGGGACGGCGUCCGGUUAGAAUGGAGUAAACCCGAUUGUCGAUCAUGUAUUCAAGGUCGAGGAGACUGCCGGUUCAAGAAUAGUACUGCUCUGGAAAUUGGGUGUUUUAAUCUGCCAACCCAAGGCGGUCUUCCAAGGGGUGCCAAGUAUGGAAUUAUCAUUGGCAUUGGAAUUCCAGGACUCUUGAGCCUAAUUGGGUUGGUUUCGUUCAUUGGUAGCCGAGUGAGAUGGUAUGGACGUGGAGGCAACCUCACCAGUCUCGAAUUCUCCACGUCAAUCGCCCCUUCACCGGCUGUUAUCAUAACAGGGCUCGACGGGCCAACAAUUGAGUCCUACCCCAAGACUAAGCUUGGUGAGAGCGGGCGUCUUCCCAAGCCGAACGAUAAUAUUUGCCCCAUUUGCUUAUCGGAAUAUCAACCUAAGGACACAUUGAGGACCAUACCAGAGUGUAGCCAUUACUUCCAUUCCGAUUGCAUAGACGAGUGGCUAAAGAUGAAGGCUUCGUGCCCUUUGUGUCGCAAUUCGCCUGGUGGACCUGCUGAAGUUACCCCCUCUAUGUCUUCUUCGCCUUCAUCGUCAUCUUCACUCUUAUCACCGUAGACAAGUUCUAAUUUAUGCCAUUAUGUAUAUCAGCUGUUGUGAAUAUAUAUAUCCUGAGUACUUUCUUUUGUAGUUGAUGAAUUAGGGUUAUUAGGAAACAUGUUACCUUUCUAAUUUUUUAUCUAGUUGUCAUUUAAUUUCA